UUGGUGAGUCCAUGUAUCGAAGGUAAAGCAAUCCGUAAGGAUGGCUCGAAGCUGAAACGUUGCAAUCCACUAAUCGCAAACAGUUGUGGCAAAGGAUAUUUCUGUUUGGCUGGCAAUAAACCGUUCAAGCGAAGUAGUUUUUGCUGUCCUAAACGAACAGGUGAUCCAUGCAAGGCGCUUAAAACCGAAGGUGAAGGCGAAAAGUCUUUACCAAGAUGGUAUUACAGUUCAACUGAACAGAAAUGUUUACCGUUCAACUAUCGUGGCCGUAAAGGAAAUGAGAACAAUUUCCUCAGUCAACGCCAGUGUGAAAAAACUUGUCUUGCAGAACUCGCAGUAUCAAAAGCAUGUUUCCGCGGCAGUGAACCGUUGAGAGUCAGUGGACAUAUCGUACGAUGCCUGAACUCACAGUCAUGUCCGAGCACUCACUAUUGUCACAUUGGCGCUGAUUCACGAUCGAGCGUGUGCUGCAAACGAAUAGGUAAUGUAUGUGAGCAAGAGCUGGUGGUUGGAGUAGGAAGCGCUCAAUUGUCGCGGUGGUAUUACAAUAACGUUCAAGGCGAAUGUCUCGAAUUUAUGUACAGUGGUCUUGGAGGAAACGAAAAUAACUUCAUAACAAAGAACGACUGUGAAGUCAGUUGCCCAGGUUCCUCAGAGAAGUGCCGUCAUGGAAAACCGUUGCCUAUGAACCGUCUCCUUACAAAGUUUAGUAACGAUACACACAAUCUGAAUACGUUUUGUCCCAAAGGAUAUAUUUCCCAAACGACCAGCAGCGGCUCACAGUUUGGUUGUUGUCCUGAUCCAGCCAAUUACUGCCUCUUGCGACCAGGUGCAGGACCGUGUAGUUCGACCAUCCCACGCUAUAGUUUCAACAGAUUCACAGGAACAUGUCAACAAUUCAAGUACGUUCCUUUGGCUUUCGAAGUGAAUCAUUUUCUCAUUAUAUGA